CGAAGCUGUCGAGCUCUGGAAAUUCAGUAUUUCCCUCUGUGUUUCACUCUGCACAUAUAAACAAAUUGUUCACUAAAGGUUCGAUGGAUUUGACGAAUUUCUUUGAUCAUAUGCACAUUCAUAAGAAGAAGGGAUUUCCACUACGCUCAAAGUCAUCACCGCUAAUAUAAGCUUAAGCCUUGCAGUCAUAAUAGUCUGUGUACUCAUGGGCGGACAUUUUGACUAUUUUACGUACUUAGUGAUCUGUUAUUGCUUGGUCAGUUGGACGAUUUAGCGCCAAAUAAAGCUUAGGUGUGUUAUUACACCUCAAUCUUGCAAACACAGGAAGCAUUAAAUUAGGCCAUUUCAGUUUCUGCCGCUGAUGGAGGAACUUAUCCCUGAUUUGGUGGACGAUACAGAAUCCAAUAAUUUCAGUUCUGACAAAGUUCCUGUAACGAUUCUCUCAGGAUACCUAGGUGCUGGAAAGACUACUCUCCUCAAUUUUAUAUUGGCUUCUGCCCACAAUAAAAGAAUAGCUGUUCUUUUAAACGAUUUCGGUGAAGGUUCUGCUGUGGAGUCCACCGUUGCAUGGAACGAAAAGGAUGGAAAUCUUUUUGAGGAAUGGAUAGAACUGCGCAAUGGCUGUUUAUGUUGUUCCCUUAAGGAUACAAGUGUAAGGGCUAUCGAAAAUUUAAUGAAGAGGAAAGGAAAAUUUGAUUAUAUUUUGAUUGAAGCAUCUGGGCUUGCUGAUCCAGGUCCUAUCGCUUCACUCUUCUGGUUGGAUGAAAGUUUAUGCAGUCAAGUUUGUUUGGAUGGCAUUGUGACGUUGUUGGAUUCAAAACAAUGUCUAUCACAUCUUAAGGAAACUCUAGAGAGUGAAAUGAGUGAAUAUGAAAGACAGAUAGUUUUGGCAGAUGUACUCAUUGUUAACAAAAUUGAUUUAAUUUCUGAGUCGGAAAAAUUAGCAGUUGUUCAGCGUAUAAAAGAGAUUAAUUCUUCUGCGAAAAUUAUUGAAGCUACCUAUUCCAAAGUGGAUUUAGCGAAUAUUCUCGAUCUUAAGGUGUACUCUGAUAGCCCCAGACCAGAUAUCUUCAUUCCAUCUACAGAAUUGACAACAAAUCACUUAAACCAUGUAUGUUAAGUUACACAUUGUUGGAAACUAUUACUUUUAGAAAGUAUCUACAGUGACUUUAGAGUUCACUCAUCCAUUUAAUCGUAAACUGUUUGAAAACUGUAUAGAAUCCUUGCUUUGGGAACACGAUGUUCAUGGUAAAGAUGGAAAUCCAAUGAAUAUUCUACGUCUGAAGGGAUUUGUCCAUUUUGCGGAUGACGGUUGUAUUUACGCCCUUCAAGGAUUGAAUGAAAUAUACGAUCUUUCUCCUAUACCGAAUAACAGAGUUGACUUGCUCAGUUUGAAAGGAACAAGGUUGAUAUUCAUCGGUAAGAAUGUGUGUUCGUCAACUUUGAAAGAGUUACUAAUCAAUUGCAUAUGAUAAGAAAACACAUCUCCAUGGGACAGUUUGUAUAUAGUUGGUAUCUUAUUAAUACACUUUUAUACUUAAAG